CUGAAAAUCAUCUCUCAACCCAUACCUACGAGACUCUAUUUAUAGAGUCGAAAAUCGAUGAUCAGACAUGAACGCUCGCAAAUGAGGUGAACGUUCGCGCGAAGAGAUAAUGUCGGAAAACGCGAAAGUUUCCUUAAGGAGAUUGACGUUCGCGCGAAUGGGUUCUUGCGAUUUCAUGGAUAUUUUGGAGUUCAUCCACACAUCCAAAUGCUUUAAUGUUUCGGAAUCUGUUCACGAAAAUCUGAACCUAGACCCCGUUAAGGGCUGUCGCUCCUUGGAUCUCACUACACGGGGGCUACCGCCCACAGAUCCCGAACAACCAAGAAGGCCCGACAACGUCCUCCAGCAAGACCCCAUCAAAUAUGAAGACGUUUUCGACGUCUCCUCCGGCCACCUCGCCUCCAAGCCCAUAACACCCCAAGACGCUGCCGCCAUGCAGUCCGCCGAGAACGUCACCCUCGGCCACUGUCAGAAGGGCGGCCCUGCCGCCGUCAUGCAGUCUGCCGCCUCCCACAACGCCAGGUUCGCCGGGGUUAGUCCUGAUGACGUCACUGACGUCAUCAGAGACCCCGGCAUCUCCAUCUCCCAAACCAACGUCGGCGGCCGCCCCGUUGUCGUGGAGGCCAUCGGACCCGAUGUUGUGGGGACAUAUGUUCGGGGAGAUAAUACAAGGGAGGCGAGAGAGAGGUCCCCAGUGGGCCCACCGCAAGGUGUGGUGAGCGACAAAAUCACCAUCGGGGAAGCACUGGAGGCGACUGCUAUUUCCGCCGGUGACAAGCCGGUGGACCAGAGCGACGCCGCCGCGAUACAGGCAGCGGAGGCUAGAGCUACGGGUCUGGGAGAGAUUUUGCCGGGCGGAAUAGGAGCGGAAGCUCAACGCGCCGCCACAAGGAACGCCAGGAUUACCAAGGAUGAGUUCAAAACAAAACUUGGUGAUGUUCUCACGGACGCAAAGGAGAAGCUUGUGGAUGAUAAGGGUGUGACGUUGGAGGACGCGGUGGGGGUGGUGGGCGCUGAAGCGAGGAACAAAGAAGGUCAUACCACUCGUCCCGGUGGGGUGGCGGCUACCGUUGCGGCCGCCGCAGCUCUGAAUCAAGAAACCGCUUUUAAUGUUACCGUCUAAGUGAAUGCUAAGUGAAAAAUGUACUACUAUCAUGUAGCCAAGCCUAGCUUGUUAUAUAUCUAAAAAUAAAAAUGGUCGUAGUAUAAAUAUGCAUGUAUGUUUUAAUUUCAGAAUCAAGGCAUAAUUAAUGGAUUAAUCAGAUUUGUUCAGUUUAUUUUCUAUUAAAAAUUAUAAGUAUUUUCAAAAUGGUUUAAGUUAAUUAUUACUGUCUACGUUUUUAUAAAGUUUAAAUGCGUGU